AUUAAGCAUUGAACGUCUAGAGAUUAUGGCUCAGAUGCAUUCAUUUUUAGUUGAGAAUGCUAAAUUAGAACUCAAUUACAUGAAUCAAAAGCUUCGCCAAGAAGACCUAUUACAUAUUUUCAAUAAAAUUGUAUAUUCUAUAGAGAAUGGGACUGAUUUAUUUAGUAAAGAAGAAUCAUUUUCUUUUUUAGAUGAGUUUGUAGAAGAAAAUACAAAGGAAGAUGAAUUUGAACUAAAAGAUUUAGUCAAUGAAGAUUCGACAAACUUAAAAGUUAGAAAUUUAAUCAUUUUGUCUUUCAAUUUAGAGCUUAACGAAUCUUCAAGUUUAAAUGAAGAGGUUAUACAUGAAAAUAAGGAUUUUGAUAUCAAUGAUCUUAUUAGUGAUUUAGAUUAA